AUGUUGGAAUGACUCCAAACCUUUCAAUAUUUUAUUUUAUCACAAUUAAUGAAUUACUGGACAACUGUAUGGAACUCAUUUAGCCUACAUUCAUUCAUGCGCUUUUUUCCCAGGCAAAGUUGAACCCGUCUCAAGCAAUCAGUUUUCCAGCCAUGACUAUUUCAUAUGCGUUACAUUUCUUGCACCUUCUUUGAGACGAGUGAAUUCCCUUUUUCUUUGGCAAAUCCGUAUUACAUUAAUAAUAAUAACACAUUUAUAACGCAACAUGUCAUUAAUGUUUCAAUAAGACUGGUAUUAAAUGCGCCAAAGUUAUUCCAACAGACGCAGAGCGCCUCGCCUUCGAAUGUUUUUAAGGGCCAUUUGUUUUUGUAUGCCUAUGUGUGCGUGCGAGUGUGUUUUCUAUUGCAGGACGUGGCUAGUCUGAUUGUAAAGAGGGGAGUGAAGCGGGGGAUGGGCAGAGAAAAAACACGUAGUAAGCAAAACGUUCCUUGAGUAGCAACAACAGUUUCUAUCGUAGCAUUUCAAUCACCCCCAACCCAACACCCCCGUCCACAAAUCACGAGUGUGUCUUCUAUCCAAUGUAAACGAAGCAGAGGCGGGCACUUGCAACCAGGGCGGAACAUAAACCAACCAAUGAGCGCGGAGGACAAGGUGCCUGUUCAAACCCUGAAAACGUCAAGGACUUUAAAUUCGAAUCUUGAGCAAAACAGAGAUACAUUUAAACAUCACCUAGACCACAGAGUCAUCGUAGUCGAAAAUAGUUACAUAGUCUCCUCUAGUAGUAGAGUGGGAUAUCGUCAUAGGUGCUCUGUAGAAGAGCAUCGUACUCAUUUCUGUAUUCCAUUUUCUGAGGAUUUCGAAAUCAUGACCAACGUCCAGAUUUCCACCAGCGCCUUGGAGCGGUUAGUGGCACGGAGGACCUUCCCUCUUCACGCACGCACGGGCGUUUGUCGGAAUCUCUUUGGACCCGUGGAUCACGACGAGUUGAACCGAGAAAUGAAAUCCAAACUGAGGGAGAUUUCUGAAAGGGACCAGCGGAGGUGGAACUUUAAUUUCGACAGAGACGAGCCACUGCGUGGAGAGUACGAGUGGGAGGAAAGCCCGGUGGAGUCGUCGCCAGCUUUCUAUCACGAAUCUGUGCAACUUGGGCGAUGCCGAGUCGUUUUGCCCGUCAAUCCUUCCGUGGACGCGAAACCACUGGACUUACCUAGUACUCAGGAUGCACCUGUAAACUGCGAGGACCGUCUUGCCGGUGUUGCAGCUGCCGAGGGCAGCGCUCCUUGCUCAAGCGAAGUCAACCAGGAGAACUGUGCGGUUACACUCAACUCAGGGAAAAGGUCUCGCAGAGUUACCCCGUGCACCAGGCGCAAAAGAUCGGCUGCCAGUGAUCUCACCGCAACACACAUCACAGAUUUCUACCCUAAAAAGAGACGAACGGUGGGAGUAAAGUCAGGUGAAAACGUCCCUCUACCAAUCGAACAAACCCCAAGAAAGAGAAUUCGCUGAAGAUAUUUGCACUGCAGUAAUGGUGGAUAGUGUCUUCUGCCCCUCGGGUCUGCGAGACGCAGAGACGGAGGCGGACAGUCUGGCCGUCCGUUGGCCCUGUGCGAGACGGAAGACGGACCAGAACAGAGGCGUUUUGGGAUCUCAGGACUGCCUGUCGAGCGAGAGAUGGAACUCGCUGAAGGACUUGCAUUCAGUCAUAAUGUAGCAUAAUGGUUGCUUUUGCAUACAGCCACUUGACAGUGUUAAAUUGUUUAACAACUGUGCAAUCCUAAAUUACUUUAAAAUUGUCUACACUGGCCAAAAGUGUACAGCUUUAAAAGACAAUAUAAAUGUUUAUUUCUGUUAAUUAUAUUCAUUUUUUUGUGUAUAUAUAUUUUGAAAGACUAUUUUUAACUUAUAAUUUAUUUAUGUUUCUCUUUAUUUGCAUAAUGCCUUGGUCUAUCAAAGGGCUGCGUUUUAUAGUUUUUUUUCUUUAUUUUUAUUAUUAUUAUUGUUAUUAUUUGUUUGUUGUCUGUUGAGGUUUGUGUGUUGCAAUCAAUGUAGCUUUUUUAUAGCACACUUGACAGUUAGGGUCCGUCAUGUUUCUGAGCCGUUUUAUUCAUCACUGCCCUCAACUUUUGCCCCACAAAAGAAGCAAAUAAAAAACUAUUUUCAUUUACAAACUUAAAUCUUGUCUGUGACCAUUUCUAAGUCUUCUUCCAACUUCAGUUACAUUUAGUUGUCUAUCUGAUCUUAGACUUUUAAUGUGUGUGUGUGCGUGCGUUUGUGUGUGGUUUUACAGAGCAUUCCAUCAACACGCCUUU